UUCUUCUCUGUAACAGUAAUCUUACGAAAAAGAAAAAAGCCAUGUCCGCAGCUUCUCCACCCGAGCUGGAAUUGUCCGAACCCUCCCUCGAAUCUCGAUUCUCCGAUCUCAGGAGCGUCCGAUGGCGUAUGAAUCUCGGGAUUUUGCCGUCUUCCUUAUCUUCUUCCGUUGAAGAUCUUCGUCGAGUUACGGCGGAUUCUCGAAGGAGGUAUGCUGGAUUGAGAAGGCGCCUUCUAGUGGACCCGCAUCUUACUAAGGAUGGAAAUGAAGCUCCGGAUCUUGUCGUGGACAAUCCACUAUCACAAAAUCCAGAUAGCAUGUGGGGCCGCUUUUUCCGGAAUGCUGAGUUGGAGAAAAUGGUCGACCAGGAUUUGUCACGUUUGUAUCCCGAGCAUGGGAGCUACUUUCAGACACCAGCGUGUCAGGCCAUGUUGAGACGGAUAUUGUUAUUGUGGUGUCUUAGACAUCCAGAGUAUGGUUAUGGACAAGGGAUGCAUGAACUUUUGGCUCCUUUGUUAUAUGUCCUUCAUGUUGAUGUAUGCUGUCUUUCUCAUGUGCGGGAACUCUGUGAAGAUCAUUUCAGCAACGAGUUUGAUGACAUGUCUUUCCAAGAAAGUAAUUCGGUUUCUAAUUUCAACUUCACAAUGACCAGCUCGCCAGAUUCGGUAAAGUGGGGCGCAAGCAACUAUGAAAGGAAUAGUUUUCAAGGGAAUGCAGUGAAAGUCAGUAGUCUGGAUGAGCUCGAUCCAGACAUAAGGACCAUCGUGUUGCUAACCGAUGCUUAUGGAGCUGAGGGCGAAUUGGGUGUUCUCUUAUCAGAGAGAUUUAUGGAACAUGAUGCAUAUUGCAUGUUCGAUGCUCUAAUGGGUGGGGCCCAUGGUGCGGUGGCCAUGGCAGAAUAUUUCUCUCCCUCACCUUCCAUCGGAUCCUCAACAGGCUUACCUCCUGUUAUCGAAGCAUCCUCCACAGUGUACCAUUUGCUUUUGAUCGCCGAUUCAUCUCUCUAUAGCCACCUUGUCGAGCUCGGGGUCGAGCCACAGUACUUUUCACUCCGCUGGUUGCGCGUGUUGUUUGGACGCGAAUUCUUGCUGGAGGAUCUUUUGAUCAUUUGGGAUGAGAUAUUUGCAUCGUCCAAUGAAACAUCACUUGCUGGGACUGAAAAUGAGAUGCAGUUGAAUCACAGGGUCCUAAGUUCUCCUCGGGGAGCGUUUAUUGCAGCAAUAGCGGUCUCCAUGCUCCUUUAUGUACGAUCCUCGCUUCUUGCCGCAGAGAAUGCGACUUCUUGUCUCCAGAGACUACUGAAUUUCCCUGAAAAUGUAGAUGUGAGAAAGUUGAUAGAGAAGGCAAAAUCAUUGCAGGCUCUUGCAGUCAAUACUAGUAUCAUCUUCCCAUCUCCUUCCCCAGGGACCUUUGAGAAAAGCAAAUCGGUAGUAGUCAGAGGUGCUUAUAGCCUCACACCGGGUCCGACUUCCCCGACAACACCGUUGAAUUUGUUGCCUGAGAGUUAUUGGGAAGAGAAAUGGAGAGUGUUGCAUGAAGCUGAAGAACUCAAGCAAGGAAGCCCAAGUAAUGGGAAUUCGGCUAGAGUAAAAGGUUUGACAGAGGAAGAAAGGCUGAAUCUGGCCCGAACAGAGUCAGCUCCAUCUUCAACAACUACUGUGGAAAGGAAGGACUCUCGAAUAUCUGUUGUGCGGAAACUUUUAGAGGAUUUUGAGAAGCUGAAGCUGGGCCGUAGUAGAGUUUCGAGAGCUAAGGAUUCCGUAUGCCUAUCGACAGAUGUCGAGGCAGAAAAUGGUUUUGUUGGGGACAAGUCUGAACAAAAUGGCAUUGAAGAGAACUUCACUUGCACGACUGAAGAGGCAUGUGUGAGUGGAACCGCUGCCAGUGAAGAGAACUCCUCAGUUUUCUCCAUGUCGACAACUCCUAGUCCGUCCAAUGAUCACCAUGAAAAUGAUUUGGAGAAAAGCAGCGUCGCCUCAAAUUCAUCUGCCAGUGAUCGUGAUGAUGAAACUUAUAACAUGGAGGAACAGGAACCAUGCAGUACUAUUCCUGAUGAUUGCCCGCAUCCUGACUCUGAAGUGGUAGAAGCAGCCACUGGAGGACUUGGAUCUAACAUGGGUAUGACAGGGAAACAGGUGACGACUAUGAAGGACCGUAAACCACUGGGUGGUAAAUUUCAGUGGUUUUGGAAGUUUGGUAGAAGACAUGGGGAAGGGCCUUCUGAGAAAGGAGGCAAUAUGGAGGCACAGAGAUCCGCGGAUGUAGGAGAUAAUGCCAAGGGCAUCUCCAGCUCGACUGCCGAUGGGUGCAGCAAUCCAUUUGUGUUCAACAGCAUGGUCGACACAACGGAGAAGAAUGUAAUGGGUAGUUUGAAUCAUCUUGGACAAUCCAUGCUUGAAAAUAUUCAGGUAAUCGAGUCGGCCUUCCAAGAUAGGGGUCAGGCUGGCUCAUUGGAGAACUUGUCUAGCAAAGGGCAACUACUUACAGCCACUGCAGCUUUCAAGGAGCUCCGGAAAAUCAGCAACCUUUUAUCUGAGAUGUGAGGUCUCUCAAGAUGUAUGCCAUGUGUGAAGUGGUUCUGUACGUGGACAAUGAAUCAGGGUUCAAAAACGGAGAUCAUUGGUUGGAUUGGCCUGGACCUGCCGUGUAUUGUGAGAAAUGGAUCAGGUCCUAAAAACCCGUUUUGGGAACCAAAGUGUUUUUUAAAGUCUGGAUAGAAUAUAUCCCAGAUACAAGAUCCCAGCCAUCCAUUUUCCCGGUUCCCUUUCGGGUGACUGAGAAAAGCUGCAGUGCUUUCCUUCUUAGCCAUUUACUAUUCUCCUCAUUUAUUAGCCCACCGUUUAUUUAAGGGCCAGGAAUUAAGAGGAGAUAUGUAGACCAUCGUCUUAUGGUUUGACGAGCCUUGUAACGCACCCACUUGUACAAACCGAAAAACCAAAUUCUAGUCGAGCAUCAUCUGCAUUCCAUUUAGAGCAUUUAUUUGAACUUGUUUUGAUGCAUACA